AUGGAGUUGCGCCCCCUGCUCUUCUUUCCUCCUUCUCUCUGUGUGUCUGAGAGACAGUGAGAGAGAUUUUUAAAGAGAGACAGAAAGAGAAGUGACUCGCUUGGAUCUAUAUAAUACACCUUUCUUCUUUAUUCUAUCUACCCAUAUCUCUAUCUAUCAAAUAUGAGGAUUCGCAAGAACGCAAACCUUUCCUCCCUCGUGUUCUCGCACGCUUCGGGGCCUGAGGUGCUGCAGACACACGUGUGCCAGCUGAACCAGUCGCCAUGGGAUGUGAUUCCUUUCGCUCAAGAGGCUUACCCAUCUUCUCUUCACCAGUUCGAAGGAGAAGAUAGCUUUACCGGAAAUGGGAGCUUAAAUGAUUCUAUUGGUGCUGUUGAGAGCAGCGUCGCGUCGUUAAUGGAAGAAGCAGAAGACAAGGCGGCGAUAAAGAUGAGGGUCGAUAACAUGGUCAUCGACGAUAAUUAUGAAAUGGAAGGGAUCCCAGGGAAGAAGAGAGUGUUCGACGAUUACGAAGAGAUGAAAAUAGUUAACGAAUUCAAGUUCAAGAAAGGCGAGAAAAUCCAGUGCUGCAACAAGACCGAUGGCAAGGGUUGGCAUUGUAAGAAUGAGCCAAGAGAAGGUCACUCUAUGUGCGACCAUCACUUGCUCAAAUCCUAUGCCAGCAACAAUAAUGUUACUUGCUGUCUUGGUCUCCCUACUAGUCCGUCCAGCAAGAAACAAGAUAAGGCUAUAGCUGGGGGUCGCCGUGGCCGGGCAAAAGCAGCCAAGAAAGGAUCAUCAUCUAGCUCGAAUCCUUACGAAUUUUAUUAUUAUUCUGGAUUUGGGCCACUGUGGGGGAAGAGGAGAGGAGAUAGAGGGGAAGGGAACAAGAGCGGGGUUAAAGAAAUUGAGAUCAACGGCAUUACCAUCGCUGAUAUUUCCACACCUCAAGAUACGACGCCGUCUUCUACUCCUUCGCCAAUUGAACAUCACGAAGAGUUCGAUUAUGUGGAUGUGGACGAUAGCGAUAAUAGCGAUAGCGGGAAGAAGCGGAUGCGAAAACCAGUGAAAGCAAGAUCCUUGAAGUCCCUCAUGUAAAAAGAGGGUUUUGGGGACGGAGGGAAAUUCUCCUUUUUUUUUUUAUUUAUUAUUUCUGUGUUUAUUUAUUGUGUUUCUUUUUUAUUUAUUUAGGGUUAGGGUUUUUUUUUUUUCUUUUUUUCAAUUGCUCCUUGUUAUUAUUUUGGCGCAUACUGUGCUGUGCUAUCGUUGUGUUGUGUCCCGGGUGAUGUUAGAACUUCUCUGCAAGCUGACAGUUUGAGAAAGUAUAGGGUGUAACUCGAGCAGACUUUAAGAUUGUAUUAGCAAGUCAACUGUUUGGAGAUGGAAGGGUAGAAUAGUAAUUUGACUUUUGUUUGU